AGUGUCGUCUCCAUUGAGUUGAUAUUUCGCUAUCACAUCAAAUCAAAUCGCAACGUGAAUGCCAUCAAAUGUCAUCAUAGCUCCACAAUUUGAUCGCAACACAAAACUCAAUCGGAAAUUGUUGAUUUUCGCAUUUAUUUCUCAAGUAAUUGAAUUAAUCCGAGUAAAAAGUGUAUUUACUAUAAGAAACUAGAGUUCUGCACCAACAGCCAUCAAAUUUCCUAUUUCCUGUGUUCUUCGCACUAUUUUCUCUGAAAACAUUGGCCGAAAGACCUACACGGAAAAAUGGAUACUCGUGAAGAAGCCGUCAGUCGGAAGCGACAACAGAAAGAAGAAACCAACACACCGGCGAGCAAACGCUUCAAGUCGACCGAAGCCGUAGUAGCCGAUGUGAAAGCCAUCACAAAUGAAUGUCCAUCCAACAAAACGACCCAGCAACCGACGAAGAUCUAUUAUACACGAUUGCGACGGCGUAUGGAAGAGGAAGAGAAGCUGGCAAAGCUUAAUCCGCAGCCUAUCAUUUUCACCACAAAGCUGACAGACGUCAAUUUUGAUUGCCUCGAGCACAUUUUCAAGCGUCUAAGCCUCACAGAUCUCUUGAAUGUUGCCGAAUCCAACAAACAGUUAAAACCAGCGGCGGAUCUGGCGUUCAAGAGUCAAUUCGGGAAUCGACUGAUAAAAAUCAAUUUAUCUUACAAGUCUGUACAAUGGUUUGAACAGAACAAAUCUACGCCGGCCAUUCCAUGGUCGUUUUGCUUCAAAUUGCUUCGCUGCUUUGGACACUUGAUCACAAAACUGAAGUCUAUUUAUGACGAAUCACGAAAAUACGAUGCAACGCUGGCUGCAGAAUUUGAUCGUUAUGUAAACGAAUACUGUGCCGAGUCACUGGUUGAAAUCCAAUUUCGAAACUGCAAAGCCCGAAUCAUGGAAGAUCUGAAAAAGCCAUUUACAAAUGUUGAAUCCGUUUGCUUGGCCGGUGUUCGAUUCCACAACAAAACGUCGGAACUCAAUGCAUGGUUCCCGAAGAUGCGUCGCUUGAAUUUGUUCGCACAAUCAGAUGACACCAUUGCGGUUCAGUUUCCACAUUUGCAAGAUUUAAGUUUGUGUCUCUCAAGUGUAAAUCAUGAUGAGGAACGAUUUGCUGAACUUUUGCACUCUAACCCGAACCUACGAGCAUUGUCAACUAAUAGCAAUAUCGAAACAAAAUAUCUUCAGUGCGCUAGCGAACUUCUGCAACAUCUGGAAAGCUUGGAAAUCCGUCGACCCAUAUCAUACAGUGGCAAUCGUCCUGUGCAUUUUCCAAGUGUGAAAAAACUCACAUUGCAAAAUGUCGCACCUGAAAAAUUUCCGCUAACAUUCGAUCAACUUGAAGAGCUCGUGAUCACUCCAAUUGGUACGAAGCACAGCUAUGCUGAUUUGAUCAUCAGCAAUCAAGCAUCACUUCGCAAAUUGAUCUACCGUGGAUCAAAAUUUGGUGUUGCAGGUGCAUUAUUGAAGAUCGCAUCGCCGUCAUUGGUUGAAGUCGACAUGAAUGGUUGCCGAUUCCCGAUUGAUGAAGUGGUCACAUUCGUGAACAAAUGCACAGCACUGAAGAAACUCUCACUUGGAUUCGAUGACGAAAAGGACUACAAAGAGGUGCAGAAUCGAUUGAGUAAGGAAUGGCGUGGAACCGGGAAGAUGCUCGGCGGUAUGUACGAAGUUACGAUGGAGCGUUAAUUGAUUUGAUCCUCACGAAAUCAUCAAUCCACUUGAUGUGGUCAAAAUAAAUUGUUCUUCUCCUCACACAUAACUAUCAUAGCUAAACAGCAAACGGUGAAAAUUGAUUUUUUCCAACAACUCACUAAAAUUUGAGACCAAUUACAUUUAAUUUCGGUACUUAUCCGAAAUUGUAUGCUAGGCUCAAAAAAUGUCCGAUUUUUUAUAGAUUUUUGUACCGAUUUUAUAAGAACAUGAACUGAAGAUUGUUCAAGAUAUACUCAUGCCGCAAAAUAGCUUCAAAGCUACAGAUCGAAACAAUAUUUAUACAAAAAUAUUAAGAAGUAUACAGUUCGUUGGGAUGAAAAUUGUAAUCGAACGACAAGGAGAUACAUUUUUGUACAUUUUCCAUUUUUGCUUUGUAUAUAUCUACCGUUCGACGUACCAGACGAUAGAAAAACCGAGAAAUAAAUAUAUUGAAACAUUUCAUUCGCCAUAAAAAUCGUGGCAUAAUAAGAAGGAAGUCGUACGAAGAAACUCAUUUGGACUGAAAUUUUCCACAAAAGAAAACUUACAUUUUCAUAAAUUAUUAUCUAAUAAGAAAUGAUGUAGAAAUUAAGUUUACAAAUCAAUUUGUUCAACAUUCAAAAUGUAAUGGAUAAAAAUAAAAUGAUUUUGGACUUAAAA